AUGGCCACUAUUAAUCCCACUCCGUGGGAGUCCGCGCGCCGACCAUCAGUGGGGCCUUCCGGCCAGACCCUUCCUUCGAUCGGCAACCUCGCAGGCCUCAAUGGUUCGUCGCCUGCAGAUGGAUCCAGAGACUCGGGGAACUGGUCAUUAACAUCCUCACAAAGAACAAGCAACAUAUCCGAAGUCACACUACCACCGAUCGAUGCCCACACGCGAAAUAGCCCCGGGGAGCAACAUAACAGCAACCCUUUAUACUCACAGACAUCUCCCGCGUCCGCUGCUUUCGGUGCAUCGACAACGAGCCUUCACAGUACGCACACGACGCCUCCCGGAAACAAUCACUACCACCCCCACAAUGGAGAACUCCCGACACCUUCACCGUCGGCAUCUCGCCGAAGCAGCUUCGACAGCAGACUAGGAAACCUCCAGCUGUCGUCACCCGUCAACGGAACUCCAGCAGCGAGCCAGAUCAGCCUCAACAGUACGCUGCUGAACAGCAACAGGGACAGCUUGACUUCGCAGAUGCAGCGCGAACGUGGCAUCCAGAGCAACUCUCCGUGUCAACCACCGCAACAUCUCAGCCACGAUAGUUCGAGCCAGCAUCCCCCGCACAAUCCGUACAGUAUGCACUCGGGCCGAUCCGGUGUUCCGCGCACGGCACCCCCGAUCGUCGGCUCCUCGAGGUACCCUUACGGUCAGGCGUCACAUCCCAACGCACCCUCACCGACAAAGGGUCUACCAUGGGCCUUCCCGGAUCCGGAGAUCAUCGAGCCGGGACGACCGAGCGAUACGGCCACCGCGCGAACGAGUACCAGCUCCCUGGCGGGAUCGACGGCGAGCAGCAUAUACGGGGGAUCAGGCUUGGUUACCCCUCACGUGCAACACCAGAUGCCGCCCAUGAUGGGAAUGAAUGGGAGCAUGGGAGGGAAUUCACUGCCUCACAUCGGGGCGGCGACGCAUCACCACGGGUUGACCUCCCGGCGAUCGAGCAUAAUUGGAGAAUCCCAGCAACAGACAACGCCCUACUCUCGGACACCGGAGCUUCGUGUAAGCCACAAGCUUGCGGAAAGAAAGCGACGAAAGGAGAUGAAGGAUCUGUUCGAUGAGCUACGGGAAUCAUUGCCCGCUGAGCGCGGUGGUAAAAGCAGCAAAUGGGAGGUCCUGACCAAAGCAAUCGAAUUUGUGAACCAUCAGAAAGACGUUAUCCAGGACAAGACCCGACAAAUAGACGAUAUGCGGAACCAGAUGCAAAGACAGCAGAAGGAAUUGGAAGCGGCCCGAGCCGAGGUACAUCAAAUCAGAGGGAUGCAGCAGUGCUCUCCUAGUUAUCACUCGCACGCGCCGCAACAUUCGCACGAUGGAGGCUACCAUCCCCAGCAACAGCAACCGAAUGGGAACGAUGGGGGUUACCAUGGACAAUCGAAUCAUGGCAACGGCCCUGUCAAGAUGCAGGGACUCGAGUCAUGUUAA